AUGUGGCGUCAUCUACUCACGUCUCUUGCAUUCCUGGCAGCCACGUCUGUAGGAGCAGUGUCCAACUGCAAAUCAAGCCCCCAAGACUCAACCUGGCCAGCCCCUGAAGAGUGGAAGUCCCUCAAUGAUUCCAUUAACGGGUCCCUGAUAAAGACAGCCCCAGCUGCCUCCUCGUGCUACCCUGGAAACCCAUUUGGCUCGACUCAGAACUGCACAGAUGUCACCGACCACUGGUCUUAUGCUGCAUACCACGCCGCGUGGCCAGAAAGUGUCGAUUACUCUAUGUUCACGAACCACUCCUGUCUACCUCCAUCUACAGACGGGUACGUCAAGGCCAGAGGCUGCAGUAUCGGCGCCUUGCCGCAGUAUAUCGUGAACGCCACAACAGAGGACCAAAUCGCCACUGCCAUGAAAUGGGCAUCGUCGAGGAAUAUCCGCAUCGUGGUCAAAGGAACCGGACAUGAUAUGAACGGGCGUUCAACCGGCGCAUACUCACUAUCAAUCUGGACUCAUAAUCUGAACCACUUCAAACACAACCCACACUGGCGCAUUCCUGGUACCAACAGCACCGCAGACGUCGCAGUCCUCGGCAGCGGCAACAACUGGGGUUCUGCAUACACCGCAGUACAUAAUAUCCACCGAACACUCGUCGGCGGAGAAGACGCAACCGUUGGCCUUGGGGGUCUUAUCCAAAACGGCGGUCAUGGCCUUCUAUCCAGCACAUACGGUCUUGCAUCGGACAACGUAUACCAGGCCACCGUUAUUACCACGGACGGACGUCGGCUCAUCGCAAACGACGUACAGAAUCAGGAUCUUUUCUGGGCCAUCCGCGGUGCAGGCGGUGGUCAGUUCGGUGUUGUCACUGAGUUCGUUCUACGGACGCAUCCAGUUCCGAAUAAUGUGGUCACCGCUGGACUGAGCUUCUACGCUUCUGAGAGAUCCAACGCCAGCGACGCUACCUGGGAUACGCUCGCCGAGGCUGCAAGUCGGAUUCCUGAUCUUAUGGACACGGGGCUCAAGGGCACCUUCAUAGCCUUGACUGGGUAG